CUCCCACCUCGACUUCAACUCCACUUAAUCUGUCUCUUCCCGCUAUCUCUUACCUUGUCUUGUGUAUUGAAUCCCUUCGUCCCAUCUCCUGUGCUGCCGAGCGCAUUCGCGUGCAGCCUGACGUCACGGUCUAUCCGACUCCAGCUUCCCAGCUCUUCGGUCUCAAUUACCAAUUGAGUACCUAACGUAACAUAACGCCGCGCGUCGCCAACUUCCCACCGUCACAAGAGGCCAAUUGGCCCCCGGCUCAUUCUUGGGAAUACUUAACGUCGGACUGUAAGGCUAGCAUCACCAUGGAGUCCAUAGCUCGCAUCCGCCACGCCGCAGUGCCUACCGCACCAUACACACGUCAAACUCCCAACCCUCCGUUCGUCAUCCCACCACCCACUAAUUGGACAACCCCCAUGAAGAUCGUGCCUAGCUACGACAAUGUCGACCCAUCAUUCCUGAGCAAUAAGGACCUCGCCAUCAUCACGCAAAACGGCCUCGAACAAGUUGCCCAAGACUCCGCCGCCCAUUGGGAAUACGAAAACCGUCGCGUUGCCCAGCCCAUCCUAGAUUACCUCUACCUCGGCCCCUCCAACGUCGCGAGGGAUCGCAAGUGGCUCCGAGACGAAGGCAUCACUAUGAUCCUAGCUGCCCGCGAUACGAAACAAGCUGGGCUGAAAAUCAUGGCCUUCGACAAGUUGGCCGAAGAGAUGGGCAUCGAGGCUCGCUACCUAGACGUCGCGGGCUAUCACGAACUGAUCCCCGCCUUCCCUUCCGCGAUCCGCAUGAUCAACGAUCACAUGCUGCGCGUCUAUCGCGAACAAGCCGUCAAGACAGCGCAGAUUGACCCAGAGACGGGUGACAUGGUCGUCGACGAGUCCUCCAUUAAAAGAGGCAAAGUGCUGGUCUUCUGCGAGACAGGCAAUGACCGCUCUGCUAGCGUCGUGAGCGCAUAUAUAAUGGCCAUUCUUGGGCUCAGCGCGGCACAGGUCUGCCAAUUCCUCACGUAUAAGAGGUUCUGCGUCAGCAUGGACGAAGAUCUGAAGCAUACGCUUCGGGCGUAUGAGGAUAUCCUGUUGGCGCAGCGCACGGUGCAUCAGCACGAACUUAAAGAUUAUUCUCACCUUGCCAGAGGCGAUAUCCAGCAGAAGAAAACCAAGCGAGGAAUCGAUGAGACUGUCGACGACGACGGUGAUGAUGGCAUGACGGGCGUGAAUCAGUUCGAGGGCUCGGAUCAGGAGCGAUUCCUUGGACGAGAUAAUUUUACGCCGUUUGUCGAUGCCCCUGCCGAAUGAUUGGGUCGCGAUCGUUGGCUUCUUCCCUUCCUUUUUUCUUUCUUUCUUAUAGAUACUCGUUAUCCGAGUCUCUGUCGUUCUUGUCGGUUCGCGCUAGGCUAGGCGCUUGUAUAUUGCUUGCUUUUCAUAAUUUGCAUGAGUUUGGAGUUUCGAAUGGAUGGAUGGAUGUAUUAUAUCGGACUCGGACUUGGUCUCACUCUACACUAGUACGAGACUUUUUCCAAAGUUGUCUCGAAGGUGGUAGAUGAUAUAGAGG